GAGAGUGAGAGUUCCAUCACCUUUGCUUUCUAAGAUGGCCUCCAAAACCUACUUCAUGUUCUUGCUCCCUCUGACUCUUAUGCUUCUCUUCUUAGGCACAGCAGCGGCGCAAGGCCUGCAGGUUGGGUUCUACAGCAAGACAUGUCCUGAUGUAGAACUUAUCAUUCGCCAGGAGAUGACUCAGAUCAUUUCAGUUGCUCCAAGUCUCGCUGGUCCUCUACUAAGGAUGCAUUUCCAUGAUUGUUUUGUAAGGGGAUGUGAUGGCUCCGUUCUGCUGAAUUCUACUGGUAAGAACAAUGUAGCUGAGAAAGAUGCACCCCCGAAUCUAACCCUUCGAGGUUUCGGGGUCAUUGAUCGUAUCAAGGCUAGAUUGGAGAAAGCUUGUCCCCAGACUGUCUCCUGUGCUGAUAUCACUGCGCUGGUUGCGAGGGAUGCAGUGUUCUUGACCAAAGGUCCGUACUGGCCGGUACCAACGGGCCGAAGAGAUGGCCGCGUAUCAAUUGCCCAGGAGACUCGCCAACUGCCUCCUCCAAACUCCACCAUUUCUUCAUUGAUUUCAUCUUUUCAAUCCAAAGGUCUCAGUGUCAAGGAUCUUGUAGUUCUAUCAGGUGCGCACACACUGGGGACCUCGCAUUGCGUUCAGUUUUCAAACCGCAUAUACAACUCCACAGACCCCAAUCUUGACAGCAACUACAUACCAAAGUUGAGGGCCAAGUGUCCACCCAAUGAUAACACCACCCUUGUGGAGAUGGAUCCAGGUAGCUUCAGAACAUUUGACACUGGAUACUACACCCAUGUGUCGAAGAGAAGGGGCCUCUUCAAGUCUGAUGCAGCUCUUCUCCAAAACAGCCAGACCAGGGCCUAUGUCCUGCGCCAUGCCAGCGGUGCCUUUGCAUCAGAGUUCUUCAAAGAUUUUGGUGAUUCCAUGAUCAAUAUGGGUAACAUUGGAGUUCUCACAGGCACACAGGGUGAGAUCAGGAAGACUUGUGCUUUUGUUAACUAGAUAGCUAGGCUGGUUAUUUGAUCUAUGGAAGAUCGUUAGGUUAUCGGAAUUGUUGCAUUAAGCUUCUUUAGGAACCAAGUCAUGUAGCAAUGGGCGUUUCAAGUGUAUGAGUAAUUCUUGUUCUUUUGAGUGAUUCAUUCAUGUCAUGUAGUAAUAAAUGUUAUUUCAAUUUUGUAAA